CCAGCGUGGUGGUUGUAGAUGAAUGAAAUAUGUAAAUUAGCACGUGACGUUUCAAGUCCGUCAUGACAUGUCCCACGUAAAGCGCUAACUGCAGUCAAAGAGAUUGACUCGUGAGGUAAACUAGGCAGCAAUGAGGAUGUCUUUCCUCAAGUUACUCACUUGUGUUACGAUUUUAAUCGCGGAAUCAACUUCAGCUGCCCGUUCAAAAAAACCGAACAUCAUUUUUAUAGUUGCGGACGACUUAGGUUGGAAUGAUGUAGGCUGGAACAACCCAAGUAUGCAGACACCACACAUGAAUUAUCUGGCAGAGAAGGGAGUUGUUUUCAACCAGUCUUAUGUCCUGCCAGUUUGCACUCCAUCAAGAGCAGCCAUGUUGACUGGAUACUACCCUUUCAAAAUAGGUUUACAGCAUGGUGUAAUAAAAGACAAGGAGCCAAUGGGUCUUCCUCUAGAUUUCACUUUACUGCCACAAGAGUUGAAGAAGUUGGGAUAUGACACACACAUGAUAGGGAAGUGGCACUUGGGGUUCUGUAAGUGGGAGUACACGCCAACCUUCAGAGGGUUUGACUCUUUCUACGGCUUUUACAACGGAGCCGCAGAUUACUACACACAUGUUCAAGGAGCUGCCCACAAGGUAGCGGGAUUAGACUUCAGGAACAAUACCAAAGUUGUGAUGGACCAAAGGGGGAUAUAUUCUACUGACUCCUAUGUGAACAGAGCUAAAGAGAUGAUAAAGUACCACAACAGAAGUCGGCCAUUUUUCUUAUAUUUGCCUUUUCAGUCUGUACAUAGUCCGUUGCAGGUGCCGAAGAAGUUUGAAGCACUUUACGCACAUAUUCAGGACCAUGACAGGAGAGUUUACUCUGGCAUGGUAACAGCAAUGGAUGAUGCUAUUGGAAGGAUACACCAAAUUCUAAAGGAAUACAAGAUGUUGCGGAAUACAUUGAUUGUAUUUACAACUGAUAAUGGUGGUGCACCUCAUCAUGGGGGAAGUAAUUGGCCGUUACGAGGAGCUAAGACAACACUCUGGGAAGGGGGAACCAGAGCAGUGACAUUUGCCUAUGGCAGCAUGCUGAAGAAAACGGGAUAUGUCAGUGAUCAAUUAAUCCAUGCCGUAGACUGGUUCCCGACCUUUAUUACUGCUGCAGGGGGAAAACCAAAUCUAAAAAUGGAUGGUGUCAAUCAGUGGAGAAUGUUGAGAUUUGGACAACCCUCCAGAAGAAAGGAAUUUGUUUACAAUAUAGAUGAUGUAAAAUUUAGUGCAGGGAUAAGAUUUGGAAAUUACAAGCUGAUAUUAGGAUCCCCAGGGAAAUACAGCACCUGGUACCCACAACCUCAAGUUUCUAAGCACAAACACUCCAACAAGGUCCAGCUGGUCGGCCAGGGAAAACACUUGUAUAGGAAGUUUAGUUCAGAGGAAUACUUACAGUCAAGCAACCCCAUCAAAAGUUUAUGGAAAUGGUUUUGCUGCAAGACUUGGUCAUGUGCUGCAUGCGAGGUGACACAACCAAAGAAAACCCAAAAGCAAAUGAAAUAUAUGAAGAAGAAACUGAGAAAGAAAAUGCAAAAUUUAAAAUUUCCUAAAGGAACUGAAACAGUAAACAGGAACUUGUACUCUCUGAGUGGACAAACUGAGCAUAAAGUUCUCAACAGGCUGAAGAAGAUAGUUUACAGAAAUGAAGACAAGAAUGAAAAUGGAGUCUAUCUUUUCAAUCUGAAAGAUGAUCCACUUGAACAGAAGGACCUGUCUAAAAGGCUGCCACACAUAGUACAGAAACUGAGGACAAAACUAGAGACCUAUAUGAAUGAGAGUUUGGUCCCUUCCCACCACGUCAAUAACGAGCCAUACUCCAACCCUGAGCUGUACUGGGGCAAUGUCUGGUCCCCGGGGUGGUGCCACUAACUUGAAGUCAUUGAGGGCUCAUUCCCAAUGAGACUACUGUUCUAUUUAGACCUCAUUCCCACAGGUUUAAGAUUGAUCUAUCUCCAUAGGGAGUCUCACUAGAUUACUGUCAGCUUAGCCGGCUUAAAUGUCUGUCCCGCCUACU